AUGUCGGAAUCGAGAGAGUAACUGCGCAUCGGCCCUGCACGACACGACCUUCCCCGUCCUGCAUCGUGAAACGUCCUCCGCAUCCUUCGCAGACUCUCACAGUCAGCCCUUCUUUUCGAGUCGGAAAAGCUUGUCAUACCCUACUUCCUACGCUUUAGUGGACACCAUGUCGACGUCGAUUCACCUCUCCAGGUUUCGGAAAUGGCUGCUUGCUUCUCCGCCAAUCGAGUUUGCCAUAGGACAACUCCGGAAUCUGUUGGUAGGGGCAAUCCGACAGGGCCCAGUUCCACAACAUGUCGCCUUUGUCAUGGAUGGUAACCGGAGGUUUGCCCGAACUCACGGUAUCGAGACCGUCGAAGGACAUAACCUGGGGUUUGAGGCUUUGGCAAGGAUAUUAGAAGUCUGUUAUAAGAGCGGUGUCAAAGUUGUUACGAUAUACGCCUUCAGCAUUGAAAACUUCAAGCGCUCGAAAUUCGAGGUGGAUGCUCUGAUGGAAUUGGCUAGGGUACAGCUAUCGCAAAUGGUUCAGCAUGGGGAGAUCCUGGAUCGUUACGGAGCGAAAGUUCGGGUGUUGGGCCGACUGGACUUGCUCAGGCCGGAUGUUCUCGCUGCAGUGAACCGGGCCAUGGAGGUGACAAGUGGCAACGGCAACUGCAUCCUGAACAUCUGUUUUCCGUAUACAUCGCGCGAUGAGAUUACCACGGCCGUUCGAGAAACCGUGGCCGAGUACAGCCAGCCUCUCCCGUCAUCUCGCCCUUCGACCACCUCCUCCAGGUCACCCUUCUCCGAGUCUCAUAUUGCGCAAAACAUUCGAGCACAGGCCCAGGUUGGGAAAGGCGAAGAUGUCCCGAGCGACACGGAGACCGCGUCGGAGUCAUCAGCAGAGGGCGGAGCCCCGAAGCACGAUCUGCCGAAUGGAGUCUACGAAAACGGAUCUUCGUUUUCCUCCUCGUCGACCCUCCACCUUGCUGGACAGCCAGACACCCCGAAUGGGAAGGCGCCAGUAUCCGAACCUACCCCCGGGAAGGAGAGUCCCGUUUUCAUGUCCCCUGAGACGAUCACGCGUCAGACAUUGUCAGAUCAUCUAUUCACGUACGAUAAUCCCCCCUUAGAUCUGCUGGUCCGGACAUCCGGGGUGGAGCGCCUCAGUGAUUUCAUGCUCUGGCAAUGUCACGAGGAUACGGAGAUCGUCUUCCUGGACAUCUUGUGGCCGGACUUUGACCUAUGGCACUUCAUGCCUGUGUUGCUCGGAUGGCAGCGCAGGAUCUCCAAGUCGAAGAAGAAUCCGGACGCGGAAGGGAACUUUGACGGCGACAUAUCCGACAGCGUUGAGGAGAGUAAUGGUAAGGUCAAAGAGUUGUAGUUUUAUGUGUUUCGUUCCGUUGUAUACAUGGGACUGGAGAUCAUCGGGCGUUUGGAGUCGACCCUUUGGAGCAUCGAUCAAUAUUCCCCCUCAUUUUGGCAUUUAGAGAUUAUAGCACCGAGCUGGAAAAGUUCCCUGGGCGUGUAGAUACAGGCAUUGCACACAUACACCAGACCGAGGCGGUCACCGUUUGCCCUCAAUCCCGUCAAGUAAUCCCGGGUAGCUAAUGGAAAGGCCCCGAUAUCUCAGCCUC